GCAUUGAACAAAACAUUUGUGCGCAGAUUCUAUUGGCUGUUGUGAUAAAUCAUUUUGAACAAUUAUAUACAAUUUCUUUAGUUUCGUCUUGAAUUUCCACAGUGAUGGUUGUGUAGGAAUAAUCAUGUGUCGUUUUUAUUUUUUGUUUUCAUUUUUGUGCAUUUUAUCGUAUUGUAAAACAGAAAUAAGUUUAGAGGAAAAGGAUAGGCUUUUGAAUAGUUUUAUUGAGUUUUUGAAUAACUUGCCGAAUCAUCAAUACGAAUACGAAGAUGGAAUCUUGCUUAGUACCCAAGAUGCGGGGGAAAAUCACUACAAAAUCGAAGCAAAACUGAAGGAGAAAGAUUCUCAGAAGUAUUCAAGAUGCACUUGCACAUUGAAGCUCCAAGAAAAUAAGGUGUUAGUACAGGAUGAUGUAUUUCAUUGCGAGAAUUAUCCCCCUAAGGAGACAGUCUCGUCCGAGAUUGAAUCGGAGGGUACUCCUCCAGCUUCAGACCCGAGUGACUUGCAGGCAGCAUCUGAAGAUGUGGCCGCACCUCGGGUUGAUCAUAAGCCAGUAGAACUUGACAAUGAAAUACGCCCUAAUACUGAGGCCACGUCAGGCGAACAGUUUGUAGCUAUACCGCGCGAGGAGCCUAUCCGCCGACAUAGCGCGGCUUGUAUCGGAUGCGGGUCUCACGUAGAUCCCGAAGCGCCCGGCGUGGUCGACCUGGCCGCCGUCGGCGUCAAGCAGCUCGAUAGACACGAGCCUAAUGUAAAACAUAGCCUUAACAAAGUCGUCGAGGUCGAAAGACAAGUUCAGAUUGUCAACGGUGUUCGGUAUAUACUCACUAUGCUAGUUGAUUUUAACAAUUGCACAUCCUCAGAGGACACAUUGUGCACAUUCACCAAACCUUGUAAAGUUUCUAUUCUUGAAAAGCCAUGGAUUAAAUUACCUAAUGGAGCAAAGUACAGGGCUAUAGUAUCUAAUAAUUGCACUGAUACGUGGCUCUUUGGAGAUAAUGGAGAAGUUGUAUCAGAAGGAACUCACGAUGAUGGUAAAACCGAUGAUUCAAUGGAACCUACGCCCGAUUACGACAAAAUUGCCAAUACUGGUUCAGCUGAUGAUAUCCUAAAAGCCAUAUACAAUAAAGACCUUCAGUCACAACAAAAUCAAGAUGUUCUUACUGAACAACAGAUAAAAGAAUUAGAAGAACAAAUCAUACCUUACAACAAGUUUCAGACAUCGCCCGAGUCAGUUAUAUCCGUAACUGAAUCUUCUGAUCACUCUGAUGUAAGUAAAUACAAUCCUGAAGUGGAGUCUGUGAAACAAUACUCUGAAACCUCAAAUACCGAAACUCGCGACGAAGCUGUAAAUACUUUAUCAGAAGAAAAAAAGAAAACCAUUGACGACCUCAUAAAUUUUUUCAAUUUUGCUGGCUAUACCACUAGGGAAAAGAGAAAAGCUUCAAGAAAUAGAAGAAGCUACUCAAACGAUAUAGAAGUAAUGACAUUGUUGAAGAAAUAUAAGAAAGUUAAAGAAAGUAUAAAGAACGCAAAAUUCAUUUAUUACGUUGCUUCCUGUAUGGUGGAUUAUUUAAAUGAAGUGUAUUUUGGAAAAGAAAAAGUGCAAUUACAAGAAGUAAUUGCUGCUGAAGAGGAAUUUGAUAAUGAUCAUCAUUUUAUUUAUAUACAAGCUCGUGUUGUAAAACUACAAAAAGAUUCAAAUAAAGAACAAACGAAUCAAAUUUGUAAUGGUGUAAUAGAUGGAACUAAUACUGAUGAUCCGGAGGUAUUAAAUGCGUUUUGUAAUUAUGAUUCAGGCAAAAAGACUACUUUAAAUACUGCUGUACCAAUUUCAGUCGACGAUAAGGUACUUCAACAUUUGAUGAAUAUUGCGCUUAAACAAAUGGAAUCGGAAUCUUCAAACACGAACGCAAUGAAAGUAUCUAAAAUUAUUUCAGCUAGUACUCAAAGAGGAUCAGGAAUACUCACGAAAGUAUCUGCUAUUCUAGUAUUUUCGAAUUGUAGCAAAGAUAUACCUUUGAAAGAAAGAAAUAAUUGCGUUGAAUUAGAAGACCUUGGAUCUAAGCUUUGUGAUAUUGAAAUUUUCCAAAGGGAUUGGCUCAAGGCGUCGAAAGUAACUCAAAAUUGCAUAGAAACACAAAUAGAUCAAACUUUUUCAAGUACGAAAAAAAAUAUAACAUCGAAUCACACGAAUGAUAAAAGAGUUAUUGAAAUAACAAACCAAGCUUUAUCCUAUUUAGAAACGCAAUCAAAUAGAAUUAACAGGCAAAAAAUUUUAGGAAUUAAAUCUGUGUCGACCCAGCUUAUCGCUGGUCUUUUGACUUCUAUAGAUUUUUUAGUCGGUUAUACGAAUUGCGAAAAUGGCGCUGACGUCGUCAUUGACAAUUGUAGUCUUUUACUGAAUGAAACAUUGAGGUAUUGUACGGUUAAAGUGUGGGACAAACCUUGGUUAGUAGAUGGUAGAGAAAUGAAAGUAAAUUGUAAUGAUAACUAUAAUGCUACAAAUGAUCUGGAUUCAACUUCCACACCCCACAUAAAAAAAUAUCGCCCUGAUGACGAUGAGUAUGAUAUUGAAAUGGCAAAGGAAGCAUUAGAAAAAUAUCUACAAGAAAAUGGAAUUCGACAAGCUUAUGAAGUGGUUAGUGUGGACGCAGUUAAAGUUGGGGUUGAUGAAGGAACUGCCAAGUUAGAUUUUACUAUUAGAAAACUUGGUAAUACAGGUGAUAAAAUUUACCCCGAUUUCGUACAAUGUCAUUCUCAUAUCGGGCCAGAUGUUUUUGAUACAGAUAUUGCUGUUGACUGUGAAUUUAAUGAUGAGAAAUUGGAUAGAGACGGAAAAUCUGGAGGACGAAUUGAAAAAGAUCCCAGUAGCCCAGAGUAUAGAACCUUAGCCGAGAAAUCUAUGCAUCAUUACUUAAUGUUGUCCGGAGUGAAAGAAGAACAUAAAGUUGUCAGUGUGGACAAAGUAAGUCUUCAAGUCGUGUCGGGAUCUUUAACUAGACUCGAUUUUACAAUUAGUAAUUUAGAAAAAGGUGAUUCAACAAAGUGUCAUGCUAAAGUGUGGGAGCAGAGUUGGCUUCAUAAAAAGGAAAUUACAGUAAACUGCGGAACGAAAGAUCAUAAAUCUAGGACAAACCGGCAAGUGCUUGGUGGAGCCAUUGAAAAAGAUCCUAAUGACCCGAAGUAUAAGGAUUUGGCAGAGGAAUCUAUGCAAAAAUAUUUGACUUCAGUAGGAAUGAGUCAAGCUCAUAAAGUCAUCAGCGUUGACAAAGUGACAUGUCAGGUAGUUGCAGGAUCAAAAACUGUGCUAGAUUUUACUAUAAAACCAAUCAGCGAAGGAGAUCUCAUUAAGUGUCAUUCUGAAGUGUUUGAACAGGCGUGGCUUAAAAAAAAAGAGAUAACAGUCAACUGCGAAAUAAAAGAUCAGCAAUCUAGGGCUAAACGGUCAUUGCCUGGAGGAGUCGAUGAACGAGAUCCUAAUGAUCCAAAAUACAAAACAUUGGCUGAAGAAUCUAUGCAGAAAUACCUGACUUCAUCUGGAAUGACUCAGGCUCAUAAAGUCAUCAGCGUUGACAAAGUGACUUAUCAGGUAGUGGCAGGAUCUAUGACCAGGAUUGAUUUUACAAUAAAACCGGUCGGCGAAGGAGAUGUGAUAAAGUGUCAUUCUGAAGUUUGGGAAAGGCCGUGGCUUGAUUUGAAGGAGAUAACAGUCAACUGCGAAAUAAAAGAUCAGCAAUCUAGGGCUAAACGGUCAUUGCCUGGAGGAGUCGAUGAACGAGAUCCUAAUGAUCCAAAAUACAAAACAUUGGCUGAAGAAUCUAUGCAGAAAUACCUGACUUCAUCUGGAAUGACUCAGGCUCAUAAAGUCAUCAGCGUUGACAAAGUGACUUAUCAGGUAGUGGAAGGAUCUAUGACCCGGCUUGAUUUUACAAUAAAACCGGUCGGCGAAGGAGAUGUGAUAAAGUGUCAUUCUGAAGUUUGGGAAAGGCCGUGGCUUGAUUUGAAAGAGAUAAACGUCAACUGUGAAAUUAAAGACCAAAAAUUAAGGAAUCAAAGAUCAUUGCCGGGCGGAAUUGAUGAACAAGACUCUCAUGAUCCAAAAUACAAAGUAUUAGCUGAAGAAUCUAUGCAGAAAUACCUGACUUCAUCUGGAAUGACUCAGGCUCAUAAAGUCAUCAGCGUUGACAAAGUGACUUAUCAGGUAGUGGAAGGAUCUAUGACCCGGCUUGAUUUUACAAUAAAACCGGUCGGCGAAGGAGAUGUGAUAAAGUGUCAUUCUGAAGUUUGGGAAAGGCCGUGGCUUGAUUUGAAAGAGAUAAACGUCAACUGUGAAAUUAAAGACCAAAAAUUAAGGAAUCAAAGAUCAUUGCCGGGCGGAAUUGAUGAACAAGACUCUCAUGAUCCAAAAUACAAAGUAUUAGCUGAAGAAUCUAUGCAGAAAUACCUGACUUCAUCUGGAAUUACUCAGGCUCAUAAAGUCAUCAGCGUUGACAAAGUGACUUAUCAGGUAGUGGCAGGAUUUAUGACCAGGCUUGAUUUUACAAUAAAACCGGUCGGCGAAGGAGAUGUGAUAAAGUGUCAUUCUGAAGUUUGGGAAAGGCCGUGGCUUGAUUUGAAGGAGAUAACAGUCAACUGCGAAAUAAAAGAUCAGCAAUCUAGGGCUAAACGGUCAUUGCCUGGAGGAGUCGAUGAACGAGAUCCUAAUGAUCCAAAAUACAAAACAUUGGCUGAAGAAUCUAUGCAGAAAUACCUGACUUCAUCUGGAAUGACUCAGGCUCAUAAAGUCAUCAGCGUUGACAAAGUGACUUAUCAGGUAGUGGCAGGAUCUAUGACCAGGCUUGAUUUUACAAUAAAACCGGUCGGCGAAGGAGAUGUGAUAAAGUGUCAUUCUGAAGUUUGGGAAAGGCCGUGGCUUGAUUUGAAGGAGAUAACAGUCAACUGCGAAAUAAAAGAUCAGGAAUCUAGGGCUAAACGGUCAUUGCCUGGAGGAGUCGAUGAACGAGAUCCUAAUGAUCCAAAAUACAAAACAUUGGCUGAAGAAUCUAUGCAGAAAUACCUGACUUCAUCUGGAAUGACUCAGGCUCAUAAAGUCAUCAGCGUUGACAAAGUGACUUAUCAGGUAGUGGCAGGAUCUAUGACCAGGCUUGAUUUUACAAUAAAACCGGUCGGCGAAGGAGAUGUGAUAAAGUGUCAUUCUGAAGUUUGGGAAAGGCCGUGGCUUGAUUUGAAGGAGAUAACAGUCAACUGCGAAAUAAAAGAUCAGCAAUCUAGGGCUAAACGGUCAUUGCCUGGAGGAGUCGAUGAACGAGAUCCUAAUGAUCCAAAAUACAAAACAUUGGCUGAAGAAUCUAUGCAGAAAUACCUGACUUCAUCUGGAAUGACUCAGGCUCAUAAAGUCAUCAGCGUUGACAAAGUGACUUAUCAGGUAGUGGCAGGAUCUAUGACCAGGCUUGAUUUUACAAUAAAACCGGUCGGCGAAGGAGAUGUGAUAAAGUGUCAUUCUGAAGUUUGGGAAAGGCCGUGGCUUGAUUUGAAGGAGAUAACAGUCAACUGCGAAAUAAAAGAUCAGCAAUCUAGGGCUAAACGGUCAUUGCCUGGAGGAGUCGAUGAAGGAGAUCCUAAUGAUCCAAAAUACAAAACAUUGGCUGAAGAAUCUAUGCAGAAAUACCUGACUUCAUCUGGAAUGACUCAGGCACAUAAAGUAAUCAGCGUUGACAAAGUGAUUUAUCAGGUAGUGGCAGGAUCUAUGACCAGGCUUGAUUUUACAAUAAAACCGGUCGGCGAAGGAGAUGUGAUAAAGUGUCAUUCUGAAGUGUUUGAACAGGCGUGGCUUAAAAAGAAGGAGAUAACAGUAAAUUGCGAAAUAAAAGAUCAAAAAUCAAGAACGAAGCGACAUAUUUUUGGAGGAGCUAUUGAAGAAAACGCUAGUGAUCCGAAGUACAAACUUCUAGCAGAGGAAUCUUUGCACAAAUACAUGAAGACUUCUGGAGUAACGCAAGCCCACAGAGUGGUAACCGUGGACAAGGUUAUUGUUCAAGUGGUAUCAGGACUUAUGACAAAACUUAAUUUCACAAUAACACCAGAUGUGGAUACAAACGCAAAAGAUUUAAUUAAGUGUUACGCAGAAAUUUGGGCAGAAACUUGGCUUCAGAAAAACGAAAUAAAUGUUUCAUGUGAUAUGAUGACGCGCGAGAAAAGAGCUCUUAAUAUAAAUAAACAUAAAGGUGGUCUUGUAGAACAAGAUCCGGAUAAUCCCCAGUUUUUAGCAUUAGCUAAAGAAUCUUUAGAGAAAUAUCAACGAUUACAGGAAAGUCAAAGUGAACACGUAGUUCUAGAGGUAACGAAAGUCACUGCCCAGGUGGUAGCGGGAACCAUGUACAGAAUCAAUUUUACCGCAAAACGAACAUACUGUCAUGUUUCUGAUAUAAAAAAUAAAUUAUGUAAUAAAGCAAAUAAAAAUAAAUACUUAUUCUGCUUUUCUAAAAUAUGGAGUCGACCCUGGUUAAAACAAAAAAAAAUUGAUGUUUCUUGUUACAAUGAAGAUUUACUUGAUGAUGAAGAUAAAAUUAAAAACCAUACGCAGGCAAUGAAUAAAUUUAAUCGUGGCUUAAUUGAAAAAAGAGAUGCCAAUAAACCAGAAUAUAUAAAGAUGGCACAGUUGGCGUUAAAAAAAUACAGGAAGAUAUCGGAUUCUAAAUACGGAUAUAAAGUCGAUAAAAUAUACCAUGUCACCGAGCAAGUCGCUGCUGGAAUCACUACAAAUAUAGAUUUUGCUGCAUUAUCAAAUAAUUGUUUCAAUCAAGAAUGUUCCGAAAUGAUGAUCAGGUUACAUUGUCAAGCAGAAAUAUGGGAGAGACCAGGAAGAUAUUCUACAAAAGACGUUAUGAGUGUAUUAUGUAAGCAGAAAAAGGAUAAAGCUCUUAAUAAACGCAACAGUGUUACGAGAAGUAAGAGAUAUUCCGGUUUAGAUGAAAAUGACAUUGAAGAAGAAUUGAAGUACUAUUAUGCAGAUCUCGUAGUUCAAAAUGUUAAUUCAAAAAAUUGGUCUAACAAUAUGUUCAAACUAAUAUCUAUCCUUGCCAUUGACUCUUCAAUGCACAUGCGAAAUAUUUUAGUACGAAUGUACGUAGAAAUGACGGAAACUUACUGUUUGAAAAAUGAACGCGAAGACUUGAGCAGUUGUGAUGAACUGCCUGCAGUAAAUCAUAGGUUGUGCUAUGCAAGAUUGUAUCCUUCGCCCGAUGAUGAACUUAUUGUAAAACAUGUGACUGUUACUUGUAAUUAUGAUGAUGAAUUUGAAGAUAUAACUGGUUUGUCAAUACCUCUUUUAUUAAGAGCGUCAAUAAAAUAUAUCGAAAAUGAUCCAGACGUUGCUCACAAGAUGAUCAACAUAGGAGCUCCUUUCGUGAUUCCUAGUCUGGAUUCAAGAGUGCCCAUUAAAAUAAAUUUUAUGUUAGCCACAACCAACUGCACAAAAGAUGUGGAUAUUACCAGAUACCGCGGGGAAGUCUGCAAAGUAGAUGAUCUUAUAACUGCAAAAACUUGCAAUUCUUACAUAUACAAGACGCCGCAUAGUAAAAGCAUUAGGAAAAUCGACGUUCAGUGUUUUAAACCAGAACUAGCUCGGACAAAAAGAUUUAUUUCAAUGGAAGGAAACUCUACUUCAGCCGACAAAGAAAUUCGUACACUAGCCGAACUAGCGCUGCAACAGUUGGAACUUGAAUCUCUGCAUCGGUAUAAACAAACGAUUCUCGAGAUUAACAACUAUUCUAUUAAGCUAGCAUCGAGACGAGAAAUUCACAUCGAUUUCGAAGUCGCUUACACGAGUUGUGUGAAAUAUGAAUGGGUUGAUGAUUCGGCAAGUUGCGAACUAUUGGAACAUCUACCGAGGAGACAGUGUAACGCUGUAAUAUAUGAAACACUUUGGAAUGAUAACGGAAGGGAUAUUAAAGUUAACUGUACGGACGACGAGACUCCAUUGGAAGCGCACGUCGGAUUCAUUAAUGCGCAAUCUGCUACUUUAUUAGCCGAAGAAGCACUCAGGCACAUAGAGGCAAAGUAUCCUAAUCCGCGCAAACAGAAAGUGGCGAGAAUUUUCUCUUUAGAAAAGCAGUCGGUGGCCGGCGAGCAUUACAGGUUGAAAAUGGAGGUUGGACUGACGAACUGUUCAGCAUUAAGUGACACGGAGAACUGUGAAAUGGAACCUAUUGAGUUGAAUAAGUUCUGUAGAGUUAAUGUGUGGAUCCGUCCGUGGAUACAGCACUCUGCGUUGUUCCGGGUCACGUGUGACUAUCAGAACGAAGAGUAUAAGUCUAUAUAUGAAGAUGUGCAGGCGCAGCAUCUGUUCUUCGAGUUCCUGCAGACGUACAAGCCGGAUUACAUGGACAACGAGAAAGAGAUGGAGAAGAGAUAUAACAUUUUCAGGGCGAAUGUGAAGAAGAUGCACGAGUUUAACGUGAAGGAGAUGGGAACGGCGAAGUACGGGGUGACCAGGUUUGCGGACUUGACUUAUGAGGAGUUUAGCGCCAAGUAUUUGGGUUUGAAGCCGAGUAAGAAGAAUGAGAAUAACAUACCAUGGAGCCAGGCCAAGAUACCGAAGUUGCGCAGUGUUCCGUCGUCGUUCGACUGGCGGGAGCGCGGCGCGGUCACCGAGGUCAAGGACCAGGGCUCGUGUGGCAGCUGCUGGGCCUUCAGUGUCACAGGGAACAUCGAAGGCCAGUGGAAAUUGAGUCAAGGGGAGCUGGUUUCUCUGUCUGAACAAGAGCUGGUGGACUGCGACAAGUUGGACGACGGCUGCAACGGAGGCCUGCCCGACAACGCUUAUAGAGCCAUAGAGCAGCUCGGGGGUCUAGAACUGGAGAACGACUACCCAUACGAGGGCUCGGACGACAAGUGCUCCUUCAAUAAGACCAAGGCCAGGGUGUUCAUAUCGGGUGCCGUCAACAUCACCAGCAACGAGACCGACAUGGCCAAGUGGCUGGUCAAGAACGGACCUAUCUCUAUCGGUAUAAACGCGAACGCAAUGCAGUUCUACAUGGGCGGUGUGUCGCACCCUUGGAAGAUGCUCUGCAACCCCAAGAACCUGGACCACGGGGUGCUCAUCGUGGGAUACGGCGUCAAAGAUUACCCGCUAUUCAACAAGCACCUCCCGUACUGGACGAUCAAGAACUCGUGGGGCAAGUCGUGGGGGGAGCAAGGAUAUUACCGCGUGUACCGCGGCGACGGCACCUGCGGCGUCAACCAGAUGGCCAGCAGCGCUGUGGUGUAGGCAGCUUGUGGCGAGCGGAGACAGGUGCGGACGCGAAUCGUACAUAUUCUAUUGUAUCCAUCGUUUACAGGUCCCACAAACUAUGAAGAACGACAUGCAACGCUGCUACAGAUAAAUAAUAUACAAAUAAAAGAUUCUUGUUACCUUCCGAUGAUUAUUAUAGGAAGCUGUAACAAAUUUUACCUCUAGUUAUCUUCUGGUAAUGAUAAAUUAAAAUUGAAUGUCACGAAAUACGUAAAUAAAAUGUCAUAACGAAAUUAAUUUGAAAUUCCGGCUAAAUAUUAUCGGUGAACAGAACGAAAUUGUAUGGAGAUUCGACGCACGUCAGCAUCAACCUAUGGAAACAACGGCGCUGCAAUUUGUAGCAAUAGGGUCUGGCUCUUAUUUGCAACAAACAUCCAUAACGUAGCUUCAUACUUGUAGUAAGUAGACAGAACUUCUUGGUUCAUACAAUCGUUUAUUGAACACCUAUACGCGUGGAAUUUGUGGAUGAGCUCCCGACGUUCCAUACUAAUUCAUUUUAAAAUUUGUAUGAAACGUCGGGAGCUCACAUAUAUAGGGUGCUAUAAGUCUAACCACUGGCGGCUGUGGGGUUAAUAUUAAAGCUAAUGGACAACGGUAUGAAUCAUUAAACUGUGCCUGUAACAGCUAGAUCUUUUUCUAAAGCAGGGUUUUAUAAAUAAUGAUCUGAUCUUCCACUUAAAUUCGAUUAGGUAUAUUUUAUAUUUAUACUCAAAAAUG